CCCGCAGCUCCCGCUUCCAAGAUGGCGGCAGCGGUUCCUGUCCGGCUGUCUGGGUGAUGGUGACGACUGGCUGCAGAAGGUCAGCCGGUCCUAAGAUUGCUGUUGGAGUGCUGGAUGGAGCCUUUCUCUGUCCUCUGUGACAUUUCCAAUUUUAUAUAAUGCCUCACAUCUCUGCUCCCCCGGGACCCCGUGGAGUCCCCAUGAUCCUGAAGAAGACAGCUUGAACCUAGACUACACCCCAGGAUGCUGCGGAGGCUGCUGGAGCGACCCUGCACUCUGGCCCUGCUUGUGGGCUCCCAGCUGGCCGUCAUGAUGUACCUGUCACUGGGGGGCUUCCGAAGCCUCAGCGCUCUAUUUGGCCGAGAGCAGGAGCCGACAUUUGACUACUCUCAUCCCCAUGAUGUCUACAGUAACCUCAGUCACCUGCCUGGGGCCCCUGUUGCCCCAGGAGGCCCCCCAGCUCCUCAAGGUCUGCCCUACUGUCCAGAACGAUCUCCUCUCUUAGUGGGUCCCGUGUCCGUGUCCUUUAGCCCAGUGCCGUCACUGGCAGAGAUUGUGGAGAGGAAUCCCCGGGUGGAACCGGGGGGCCGGUACCGCCCUGCAGGGUGUGAGCCCCGGUCCCGAACAGCCAUCAUUGUGCCCCAUCGCGCCCGGGAGCACCACCUGCGCCUGCUGCUCUACCACCUGCACCCGUUCCUGCAGCGCCAGCAGCUUGCUUAUGGCAUCUAUGUCAUCCACCAGGCUGGAAAUGGAACAUUUAACAGGGCAAAGCUGCUGAAUGUUGGGGUGCGGGAGGCCCUGCGUGAUGAAGAAUGGGACUGCUUGUUCUUGCAUGAUGUGGACCUCUUGCCAGAGAAUGACCACAAUCUGUAUGUGUGCGACCACCGAGGACCCCGGCAUGUUGCUGUUGCCAUGAACAAGUUUGGAUACAGCCUCCCGUACCCCCAGUACUUUGGAGGGGUCUCGGCGCUCACUCCUGACCAGUAUCUGAAGAUGAAUGGCUUCCCCAAUGAAUACUGGGGCUGGGGUGGUGAGGAUGAUGACAUUGCUACCAGGGUACGCCUGGCUGGGAUGAAGAUCUCUCGGCCCCCCACAUCUGUGGGACACUAUAAGAUGGUGAAGCACCGAGGAGAUAAGGGCAAUGAGGAAAAUCCCCACAGAUUUGACCUCCUGGUCCGAACCCGGAAUUCCUGGACUCAAGAUGGGAUGAACUCACUGACAUACCGAUUGCUGGCUCGAGAGCUGGGCCCUCUCUAUACCAACAUCACAGCAGACAUUGGAACUGACCCUCGGGGUCCUCAGACUCCCUCUGGUCCCCGUUACCCACCUGGUUCCUCCCAGGCCUUCCGUCAGGAGAUGCUGCAGCGCCGGCCCCCAGCCGGGCCCGACCCUCUGCCUGCUGCCAACCACACAGCUCCCCAUGGUUCACACUGACUCCUCCUUAAUCAUGAAACUGAAUCCGAAGAGUUGUAUUCUCCCCACCCUCAGCUCCUCACUGCUCUUAGAGGGGAUGUGGGGGAAAUGAACUCUACUGCCGUGCUGGGGGCAGGGGCCUCUCACUGCUGGACUGGAGCUGGGCUCCUCUAGCCCUGGGGGUCCCUCUUUCUAGGGUCACCAGCCAGGGCUUAUGACUGUGAAUCCUUGAUGUCAUGAUUUUCUGUGAUGACUCCUAGGUGUCCCCUGCCCACGGGGUAAGAGCAGGGCUGGACCCCAAAUCCCUUCCUCUUCCAUGGAGAGAAGAGUGAUCUGACUUUUCCCGGGACCUCUGUGAAUAUUUAUUCUAUUUAUGGUUCCCAGGAAGUGUGUUUGAAGGAAGCCCCUCCCAGGGUACUUUCUGCCAGUGUUGGAGUAGCUCCCUCUUCUGGACCUUGCUCAGGGGGCUGGGAUUUUGAUAUAUUUUCUAAUAAAGGACUUUGUCUUGCCUCUG